AUGUCUGAAAGUCCAGUAAUACAAUUAUCAUCCGACGAAGAAGAAGAGGAUGAAAUCGAAGAAAUUGAAUUUAGAAAUGCAACGCAAAAGCUAAUUGAUAAUCCAAGUCAGAGUGAAGAGAAUAGAUCAGCGAAGAAACUAUCAGAUAUCCAAUGUCCAAUUUGUUUUGAUGAUAUUACUGACGCCACAACUACAUCAUGUGGUCACAUAUUUUGUCUCGAGUGUAUCGAACAAAGUAUUUCUAGCUCUCAUGCCAGAGGACAAGUUAGAAAUGCUGCUCGUGGGAAAGGUCUAUGCCCAUUAUGCAGAAAAGAAGUAACAUUCAAAGAAACAAUCGUGAUACGAGCCAAAAAGGCUAAAAAAGUAGGAAUGCCAGAACUACCAGCACAAUAG